AUGGUCAUCAAUCCUUCUGCUUGGUUCCAGCGCGAGGUCCUCGCCCCGAGGCGCCUGAUAUUCAACUUCUUAUUCUACAGCAUUCACUUGGUGCUCUUCGCGCUGGGAUGGUAUCUACAAGAAACCUCGAAGAAACUAACGCUCCUUAACGCCCUAACCUACUCAGUCUGGGUCUCUCGUGGAGCUGGGCUGGUCCUGGCUCUAGAUGGAGGACUCAUCCUUCUACCGAUGUUGCGCAAUGUUCUCCGCUUCCUCCGCCCGCAAGUUGUAGCCAUCUUUCCUGCCGAUGAAAAUAUCUGGUUCCAUCGCCAAGUCGCUUAUUCGAUGGCGUUCUGGUCGGCUGUCCAUACAACUGGUCACUACGUGAAUUUCAUCAACGUUGAGCGAUUGCAGGCCCGUCCCGAAACGGCCCUUGACAUACACUACACUCAACCUGGCGGUAUCACGGGCCACUUCAUGCUCUUCAUCAUGCUGCUCAUGUAUACGACGGCGCAUCACAAGGUCCGACACCAGUGUUUCGAGGCGUUUUGGUAUACCCAUCACCUCGCAUUCUUCUUCUUCUUGGGCCUCUACACACACGCAACCGGCUGCUUCGUUCGUGACACCGCCGACGCGGCAUACACAAACACCUUCCCCUAUUACGAUCCUGACCACUGCCUGGGAUACAUGUCGUGGCGCUAUAUCAUCUGGCCGGGUAUCAUCUACUUCUUCGAGCGUAUCUGGCGGGAGAUUCGCGCACGGCAACCUACACGCCUAUCGAAAGUCCUCGUCCACCCUAGCGGCGCUAUGGAGCUUCGCAUCGUCAAGCCAAGCUUCAAGUAUGUACCCGGGCAGUGGCUGUUCAUCAACAUCCCGGAAGUUUCGAAGUGGCAAUGGCACCCUUUCACGAUCACCUCCGCCCCAGAAGAUCCAUACGUCUCUCUCCACAUCCGCCAGGUUGGGGACUGGACGAUGGCCCUUGGCGAGCGUCUGGGAGCAGGUCCAGAUGUUGUUGCUCAGCUUACGCUUGCGGCAAUGCGCGGUGAUGAGAAGGAUCGGGAUGGAAAAGACGAAAAGGACAUUGUUAGCCCGGGGCCCCUGCCACCGACACGUGGAGACUUCGUCGAGCUUGAUGUCGAGUCUACUUCGCGGAAGAUGCCCAUGGUGCGCCUGGAUGGGCCGUACGGCGCUCCUGCGGAGGAUGUGUUCAGACAUGAGGUCGCCGUCCUCGUCGGUGCAGGCAUUGGAGUUACGCCGUUUGCAUCCAUUCUGAAGCACAUCUGGUACCGCCAGCGCGCCGGAACCCUCGGUGCACUUCGCCGUGUUGAGUUCUUCUGGGUAUGCCGCGAUGCCGCCUCCUUCGGAUGGUUCCAGAGCCUUUUACAAGAAGUAGAGGCGGCGCAAACGGACCCGAAUUUCUUAAGGAUCAACAUCUAUCUGACCCAGAAGAUCGACGUGAACAUGAUGUGGAACAUCGCAGUGAACGACGCCGGCGCUGCAUACGACCCUCUUACGCUUCUUCGUACCCGUACCCUCUUCGGUCGCCCGGACUUCCCGAACAUCUACCAGCGUCUGCGUAUGUCCAUCGAGUCGGGCCAGUACCUUCCCGGCGCAGGCACAGCCUCCAUGCGCACUAAUGUCGGAACGUACUUUUGUGGCCCAACCCCACUUGGCAAGGCUGUCCGGUCGGCGUGCCUUGCGAACGACAGCGACGCGGUCAAGUUCUCUUUUGCGAAGGAGCACUUCUAA